UUCCUACUACAACAGAAGAAACAACAGUAACUACGACAACAUCGCCGGAAACUACAAUUACUACUACAACACCAGAAACUACAACAGAAAGUACAACUUUGACAACCACUACAACUACUGUAACCCCUACUACAACUGAAAAAACAACAGUAAUUACAACAACGUCGCCAGAAACAACUACAACAACAAUUACUACCACAUCAACUACGCCAGAAACUACAACUGAAAGUCCAACCGUUCCAACUACCACAACUACUGUAGUUACUACAACAACUGAAGAAACAACGUUCACUACGACAACAUCGCCGGAAACAACAACCACAUUAACAACCAUUACCACAACAUCUAC